AGCAGUGAGAUCACUGGCGUUAUAAAUAUCCCGGUGCCAGCGCCGAGAUCCGCUCGGGUGGCCUCUCUCUCUCUCCCUCUCUCUCUCCCCCUCUCCCUCUCCCUUCCCCGGGGCUAUGUCCACCCAGUGCGGCGAGGGAGGCAGCGCCAGAGGCACGCAGCAGCGCGGGGGCUACGGAGCCCGGAGCCAGCCCUGCAAGAUGCACUUAGGACCCCCGCGGCCGGAAGAAUGAGCUUGUCCUUGCUCUUCCUCCUCUUCAGCAGCCACCUGAUCCUCAGCGCUUGGGCUCACGGGGAGAAGCGUCUCACUCCCGAAGGGCAACCCGCGGCUCCGAGGCACCCGGGAGACUCCAGCGGCAGCCGGGGCAGAAGUAGCACGACGUCUUCCUCGUCUUCUGCCUCCUCCCCAGUCGCGGCUUCCCCGGGCAGCCCAGGAAGCGGCUUGGAGCACAGCAGUUUCCAGUGGAGCCCUUCGGGGCGCCGGACCGGCAGCCUGUACUGCAGAGUGGGCAUCGGCUUCCAUCUGCAGAUCUACCCGGAUGGCAAAGUCAAUGGCUCCCACGAAGCCAGUAUGUUAAGUAUUUUGGAAAUAUUUGCUGUGUCUCAGGGGAUUGUAGGAAUACGAGGAGUUUUCAGCAACAAAUUUUUAGCGAUGUCAAAAAAAGGAAAACUCCAUGCAAGUGCUAAAUUUACAGAUGACUGUAAGUUCAGGGAGAGGUUUCAAGAAAACAGCUAUAAUACCUAUGCGUCCGCAAUCCACAGAACUGAAAAGACAGGGCGGGAGUGGUACGUGGCCCUGAAUAAGAGAGGGAAGGCCAAGCGAGGCUGCAGCCCACGGGUCAAACCUCAGCACGUCUCCACCCACUUCCUACCCAGAUUCAAGCAGUCCGAGCAACCUGAACUUUCCUUCACAGUCACUGUACCAGAAAAGAAAAAGCCACCUCGCCCGGUGAAACCAAAGGUCCCCCUGUCGCCACCUCGCAGAAGUCCCAGCCCAGUGAAGUACAGAUUGAAGUUUCGCUUUGGAUGAUGCUCAUCUCAGCCUUGUGGGAAACCACUCUUCCACCUCAGGACUUUCUACAGGCAUCGUGGAGCCCUGAAGGAAACCUUCCAAUGCAGAGUCCCUCCGUCCCUCCGCUGUGCUUACAUGAGUGGAAGUCAGGUCAUUGUUUCACUUUGACUGGAACAAAACUGCUUUAUUUUAUUUUUUUUAUUUUUAUUUUAUUUUAUUUUUUUAAACUUUGAAUAGACACAGAAAUGGGAUUCUCUGUAGAGAUCCAGGGAACACAUCCCUUCAGCUCAGUAAGGUAUAAAGACUUGGUGAUUAGAGGAUGUUUAGCAUUCUACAUAUUUAGAAUGUUCCAUACCCUGGACUAUAUGUAUUUUUGUGACUUUUACAGAUCAACCUGAAAGAACAAACAUGAUACAUUUUUAUUUUUUGUUUUCCAAAGAAUAUUUUA